ACUGUUUGUGCCAGUUUCUGCUGCUGCUGCUAUGCUUAUAUGUGACAUGGGUUAGAAGUUCAAAGUUCGAUCGCCUUGUGUUAAUUAUAUUUAUUAAUAAUUGUUUUGUUAAAAUUUGCAUAAAUGUCAUCAUAAAAUGUCGUGAUACAAAUAAAAUCAAUUAAAAUAUUCAGAAAUAAUUUUAAUAUUCAGUGAUUUAUAAAGAAAUUUUAUCAGCAUGGUCGAUGUUUCUAUCAUUUUACCUCUGCAUAAUGCUGAAUCUUGGUUAGAAGAUUGCUUGUCAUCAGUAGAAAGCCAAGAUUUCAAUGGAACUUUAGAAUUAUCUGUUUUCAAUGAUGCCAGUUCUGAUCAGUCCUCAUCUAUCUUAGAAGCAUGGCUUGAAAGACUGAAAAACAAAAAGAUAAAAGUAACCAUAUCUUUUGAAAAUGGAGUUCCUAAAGGAGUUGGAUAUGCAAAGAAUCGGGCAGUUGACCAAAGUAGUGGUGACUAUUUAUGUUUCUUGGAUGCUGAUGAUUCUAUGGCAAGCAGUCGAAUAAGAAAACAAUAUGAAGUUUGCCUCUCACAUCAUAAUCUUAUUGUAGGUUGCUGCUUCCACCGUGAACCAUCUGAUUCUACACCACGCUAUACAAAAUGGGCAAACAGUCUUGCUCCAGACCAACUGUAUUCACAGAUUUAUACUUCUUUUGGUCCCACCCUCAUAAUGCCGACAUGGUUCUGCAACCGCAGUGUUUAUGACAAAGUUGGAGGGUUUGAUGAAAAAGGAAAAGGUACACCUGAGGAUCUUUUAUUCUUUUAUCAGCACUUAAAACAUGGUGGAAAAUUGUUAAAAGUAGAUGAUGAUCUAUUAAUGUAUAGAUAUCAUCCAUCAGCAACUACAUUUUCUAUAUCAGAGGAUACUAUUUGGCAAAUUCGACUGAAAGAAUUAGAAGAGAGAGUGUUAAAGAAAUGGACCAAUUUCACCAUUUGGAAUGCUGGAAAACAAGGGAGAAAAUUCUACAGAUCUCUCAGUGAACAAAAUAGACAGAAAGUUCAAGCUUUUUGUGAUGUUGAUCGUAAAAAGAUUGCUAAAGGAGUAUAUAUUUAUGAAGAAAGCAAGGACUUGCCAAAGCCACGAAUUCCAAUACUUCACUUCAGUAAAGCUUCUCCUCCUUUUAUAAUUUGUGUAAAAAUUGAUAUGACUGCAGGUGUUUUUGAGGAGAAUUUGUCAUCUCUCCAUUUAGUGGAAGGAAUAGAUUACUUCCAUUUCAGUUGACAGUUUGAAAUAUACCUGUGUUUUUUAAACAUAUUUGAAUUUUUAGAUAAAAUAUUAAAAUUAUAUAUAUGUUAUUUUUUAAAAUUGUUUUACCACUUGACUUAAAAUAACAUAUCAUAAUGAUUUUUGUAGUCAAGCAUUACUGUUCAAAAUGGUGGAAUUAAUAAAAUUUUUCUACUUA